CCGAUUUAGACUGGAGCAGGACCGCGUCUGUCAAAAGCCCCACUCGGCAGCCGCGGUGGAGUUCAGAAGGAGAGCUGGAGCGCUGCGCUGCCUCCCCGCCCCCGCCGGGAUUUAUUGAGUAUUUGGGCUGGAAAAUUAAGUGGCCCUGAUGAUGUUACCAAGCCCGGUCACUUCCACCCCUUUCUCAGUCAAAGACAUCUUGAACCUGGAGCAGCAGCAGCAGCAACAGCACUUCCACGGCGCUCAUUUGCAAGCGGACUUGGAGCACCACUUCCACUCAGCGCCCUGCAUGCUGGCCACCGCCGAUGGGACGCAAUUUUCUGACGGAGGGGAAGAAGACGAGGAAGAAGAAGGGGAGAAAUUGUCCUAUUUGAACUCACUAGCCACGGCCGAUGGCCACGGGGAUUCUGGGCUCUGUCCGCAGAGCUAUGUCCACGCGGUCCUGCGAGACUCAUGCAGCGGGCCUAAGGAACAUGAAGAGGACUCCGAGGUUGUGAGGGACCGGAGCCAAAAAAACUGCCAGCUGAAGAAGCCUCUGGAGGCGGCGGGAGACUGUAAGGCGGCCGAGGAUGGCGAGAGGCCGAAGCCACGCAGCCGCCGGAAGCCCCGGGUCCUCUUCUCGCAAGCCCAGGUCUUCGAGCUGGAGCGCAGGUUCAAGCAGCAGCGGUACCUGUCGGCGCCGGAGCGCGAGCACCUCGCCAGCAGCCUGAAGCUCACGUCCACGCAGGUGAAGAUCUGGUUCCAGAAUCGCAGGUACAAGUGCAAGAGACAGCGGCAGGACAAGUCCCUGCAGCUGGCAGAGAUUCCUCGGCCUGGAUCUCCGGAUUGUCGGCGGGUAGAACUCUUCAAGAAAAACCAGCGAAGCGAGAUAAACAAUCUGGGGGCUGAACAAAUCCGGGACCUGGUGGCCCGUGGAAGGUGUCACCGGGUUCCUUUCUGUUUCGUGAGGAGUAUGGUAGGUGAUGAAGAUGAUGUCCGCAACCUGGGGCAUCAUCUUCUAAGGUGGGAUUUCAAUGCCGCAUACCAGGACUUCCAAGGUUCUGAGAGCAGACGCCCUGGUUCCGGCUCCCUCUGCAAGGGGAAAGACUCUCCCAGGCCCAAGCUGCUGCUUCGCUGGAUUGUCCUGUAA